AGCCGUACUAUGUCAGAUCGAUAUUGACAGGUUGUACGUUCGUACUUGGGCAACAUCUCGUCGCAAUCAAGUCGUUUGCAGGUUACCCCAGGGUUAGGGUAUGCUACCCCUGGGGCCCGGGGAGACACCCACGGGCUACGGAUGCGCAUCAUGAACAUCGACUCCAGCGAUUCCGUCGAGGACGUCAUGAACGACGACAACGUGGGUGGGGAACUGAUCGAGGUGAAGAAUCACUCGCUAUUCUCACGCGCGCAGGUCUUUGACACGUCGUUCGGGAAGUUUGAGUGGCGCCACGGCGCAAGGGAGGAGCAAGCGGUUUGCAAGACUCUCACCUCGUCAUGGAGCGCAUCGACCGCGUCUCAUUACCCGGCGCUGGCCGCGGGCAGAGCAAGAGCGGCUCGUGCGUCGCGCAGCUCGUUCGCAACAACCAGUUUCGCACCCCCAGGACCAAAAGUACUCGGGCGGCAACAGGGGCCGCUUGCUCAUCGAUCUGCGCUUGUGGAACGGGGACAAGCACGCCAGGCUCCAGCGGGUCGAGGCGUUCGUUGUGGCGAUUUGUCAGAUUGGUGAUUCUGAAGAAAGAGGCAGAUUUUUCGUUGAUAAGCAUCUCGCCCUGGUGGUCUGAAUGUGACAGACGUGGUGAAUGGUGCGUGCAAUGGCUCAUGUUUGGCAUGAGACUGACAUGUAGAAAUUUGGCUGGGGGCCCAGAUCCGGUUUUCAGGAAAGAGCAGGCUUGCGGUACCGGGUACAGUCGGUACCAAAUGAACGUCCGCGAUAGAAGGACCAUCAGCCAACAGGACAGGAAACAUGGUGUGUUAUUGCCGCCUUGCACUAAUAUCUCAAAAGCUGAGGUGACAACAUUGCAAUCCGAUGCGAAUUACAGAGGUGAAGAGCUGCUGCGGUGCUCAUUCCUGUUCAACUCUCCUAGGACCUAAAGUUACAACAAGCUUGUCCCUUAAAACCGACGACAUGCCCCGCAGCAGGCACUAGGUACCAACUUUAUGUAAGACCUAGGUAUGUACCCACAGUAAGU